CCCCAUGUUUUUCCUCAUUAGAAACCGUAGGAGAACAAGGAGAAAUGGUUGUCAGGUCGAAUAACCCUGAGUAAAUCGCGUAAGGCAAGUCCACAUAUCCGCUCAAACAUCCAAUUGGCCAAUCGUAAUGUGAUUUCGACGUACGACGAACGAUACCAGGAGCAAAAUAAUGGACCGCUGCUCCAUAUGUGAUGGGCAUGUUGAUUCCUCGAUACUUAUGAGUUCCCUAGGUCCCCAUCCAUCUGAGCUAUCUGGUCCCUUUUGAGAGCCUCUCGUUGUGUUUUGCUCCGUUUCACUGACUUUCGCUGUAAUCUAUUACUCCAGACACUCGUUAAAAUGCACUUCACACGCUUGGCAGGCCUUUUGCUACCCGCUGUGGCUCUUGCUCAGACCUACACCGACUGCAACCCUACCAACACAACUUGUCCCUCGGACACGGGCCUCGAUGACAGUUCCUACACCGUGGAUUUCACCGCCGGUGAGAAUGACGAUUGGGUCAUGACCUACGGUGAUGCUAGCUACGAUGAUACCAAUGGUGUCUCAUUCACCAUUGAUGAGUCCGGCGAGGCUCCUACGAUGCAGUCAAAUUUCUACUUCUUCUUCGGUACUGUCUCUGCUGUUGUCAAGGCUGCCAAUGGAACUGGUAUUGUUAGUUGUGUGAUCUUGGAGUCGGACGAUCUUGAUGAGAUUGAUUGGGAGUGGCUUGGUGGUGAUGUCGACCAGGUACAGACCAACUACUUCGGCAAGGGCAACACCACUUCUUACGACCGUGGCACGUACGAAACGGUCGGCGACUCACAGGAUACCUGGCACAACUACACCAUCGAGUGGACCUCGUCCUACACUACCUGGUACAUUGAUGGUUCUGCUGUCCGUACUCUGAACUAUGAUGAUGCUGUUAGUGGCAAGAACUACCCCCAGACACCCAUGCGCGUCAAGCUCGGUGUCUGGUCUGCAAGCGACAGUGGCAACGAGGGCACUAUCGAGUGGGCUGGCGGUGAGACCGACUACGACGAUGCCCCUUUCACCAUGCACGUUCAGUCGAUCACGAUCCAGAACUACAACCCCGGUACCACCUACACUUAUAGCGAUUUGACCGGAGACUGGACCAGUAUUGAAAUUGAUGCCACUGACGCCACUGCUACCAACACGACCAACACUGAAAGCAUCAGCAGCAGCUCCAGCGCUGGCACUACCAACAGCACCUCGUCGAACUCAACUUCAUCCAGCAGCUCCAGUUCCGGUUCAUCUAACUCAUCUGGCUCUUCUAGCUCAUCUGGCACAUCCAGCAGCUCGUCCUCUUCCGCUACCGGCUCUACAGUCACCUCAGCUGCCAUUGCCACUGUUCCCUUCGUCGGACAUGCGCUUCUUUUCGCCGCGCUCACUCUUAUGUUCUAAACUAUGUAAAGCCGCAGCAGGUGAUGUACCUAUCAUAGAUACAUCCCACAGCGAGUGGCUCAAAUCAUUUUGCAAGUAGCAUAUCUGUAUAAUCAGCAUUUGUUAUCAUUAUCAAUCAAAAUAUACCUCAGUAUGAA